GAGUGGUAGGACAAGUGCACCAACACCAACGAAGCCCUAGUUAAUUACAUCAUAUCUGCGUAUAUACCCUUGCAAGCGACUGUUAUAUCUACUCGUUAUUACGUUUGUCGGAAAGGGGGCGGAGGCAACAUGGCUGCGCAAUUGAAGCCGACGACGCUGUAUCCUUGCCAUAGCCGGGGCGCGUCGCCCAUAUAUCCGAUGCAACUUACGCAACGCAUUCCUUUCAGCUUUCCAUCACGAUAUCGCUGCCGUGAGCUCGAGGCUCGGUUACCUUCUCGGCGCAAUAGAAGGACAUGGCAUUGCCGGGCGAUAGCGCCUCCUGAAAGCCCAACAGACUGGGACGUGGAGUGCAGUUGUGAGGGCGUGAUGGAGCGGUUGCGUGAAACAGACAAGCUCCGAAACUGCUUCGGCGAACCGUUGACGUCCGAGGAGCGCUCCUCGCUGCUGCGCUGCCUGGACAGCGCGCGGCUGGGCGUGGAGAGCUGCCUGCUGGCGGGGCUGCCGGCGCUGCGGGAGCACCUGAUGGACUACCUGGGGGCGGCGGCGGCCACCAGCAGCGACGACCUGCAGCUGGUGGAGGGCGCCAUGCUGCUGAUCGAGCAGAUCUCUCAGGCGCUGGACAGCCCGCUUGGCGCACCGGCGGCUGCGGAGGGGGAGCAGGCCGCAGGUGAGGGAUCAUCAUCAUCAGCAGCAGUCGACCCCUCCUCCUCCUCUUCCUCCCCGCCUCCAGAGCCGCAGCCCCAGCCACCCCUGUCCUGGUUCCGGGGCCAGUGGCAGGUGCUGGUCACCACGGCGGGGGGCUGGCCGUACGGCAGACUGCAGUACGUGCCCGUACUGGAGCUGUUUGAGCUGUCGGAGGACGGUCAGCGGUUCAAGCUGGAGACGCAGGCGGGCCCGCUGUCCACGCAGGCCUGGGGGCAGGUCACGUGGGUACGUCAACCCAACCACCUGACCUACCACGUAUCCGGCUUCCGUCUGGGGUUGUUCGGCGGCUCUCUGUCCCUGCCGCCUGCCGCCGCCGCCACACCGCACAACGACCUGCUGCUGUUCGCCGCCUCCGCCUCCACCGCGCUGGCCAGGAGCUCGGCGGGCGGAAUCAACCUGCUGAGCAGGCCGGUCUAGGUGGUGGGCUGGGGGCGCGUGGGAGCGAAGGGGGCCUGAAAGGAGUUGGAUGAUUUGCCAGGAUGAGGGAAUGAAAGGAUAACGUAUGGCGCUGUAGGUAUGUAGAUGGUUAGCUGCCGCAAUCAAGUAGAUCAAACCGUUGAUGAGGUUCCAGUGCUGCGUGACUGCGAUGGUAUGGUAUUAUUGGACGCCUAUUAGGCGAAUGGCUGGCGGCGCGGGAGGGGAGGGGAGCGAGGGGCGGAGGGGGCCCCAGGGGCGGUAGCACGCACAGGCGAGCGCGUGGCUUCUGUUGCUGUGUUGCUGCUGUUCAGGGUACUGCUGGCCGCAUGUCGGAAUGUGUGUGUGUGUGUGCAGCAGGGGUGUACGGCGGGGGGGGGUGCCGUACGCUUGCAGUCCCGGCUGUAGUAGUGUGAGAGCGACAGGAAUACACGAAUACAAGGACAUACUGUAGUGGUUUUGAAACAUGCUGCAGCGUCGUACAUGCUACAUGGUGAGUACGGCGAACAAAUGCUGGUGCUCUGAAGACAGGGUUGUGACGUGCACCUAAAUAACCGUAUGACGCCUCUGGACGUCUUCUACCGCUGGUUGCCGGUGUCUGGUAAUUACCAUAGAUAAGGCACCCGCGAAGUUGGUGGCGUGUAUGGACUAGUUAGCGGAAUUGCAUUAAGAUAUGAGGCUGGUUUUCUUCGUCCUCUGGGCUGUCACGCACGUAUGCGCCCAGCUGGAGUGUUAUCAGUGACUUCCCUCCGGAAACGCCCUGCUGAAAGCCCACCCCGAAUCUACACCUGCAUGGUAACCCACACGUACCGGUCUACAACACGUUGUUGUCCUGGGGGCUAUAGACCAUGCGUCAGGGCGGCGUAUACCGGUAAUGUCGUCAACCCUACUCGCGGGACAGGGUGCACGCACUUCCGGGA